GCCGUCCCCAGCCUCGUGGAGUCCCCGAAGAAAAGGGCUCGCGCUAACUCGUGCGGGUGACUGCCACAUCCCGGGUGUGGGAAAAUGCGUUCUUUUGUUGUUGGCGGAGACGGGCCCCCUUUCGCAGCUUCCGGGCCAAGGCUAGCCAACGACCAGGAGAAAUAGAGUGGAAAAUGCAAAACAACGAAAUCAUUAAACCUGCCAAGUACUUCUCAGAGCUGGAGAAGAGCAUCUUGCUUGCCUUAGUAGAGAAGUACAAGUAUGUGCUGGAGUGCAAGAAAAGCGACGCGCGGACUAUUGCUCUCAAGCAGCGGACCUGGCAGGCCUUGGCCCAUGAGUACAACUCGCAGCCCAGCGUGUCGCUGCGGGACUUCAAACAGCUGAAGAAGUGUUGGGAGAACAUCAAGGCUCGGACCAAAAAAAUUAUGGCCCACGAGAGGAGGGAGAAGGUGAAGCGCAGCGGGAGUCCGCUGCUGAGCACGCACGUCCUGGACAAGGAGAAGAUCGGCAGCAUGCUACCGGAGCAGCUCUACUUCCUUCAGAGCCCGCCCGAGGAGGAGCCCGAGUACCACCAGGACGCAGCCGCCCAAGAGUCCUUUGCUGUUUCAAAUCGAGAACUGUGCGACGAUGAGAAAGAGUUUGUCCACUUUCCUGUAUGUGAGGGGACCUCACAACCUGAACCUUCGUGUUCAGCCGUCAGAAUAACAGCCAAUAAGAACUACAGGAGCAAAACCCCUCAGGAAGGUGCUUUAAAAAAGAUGCACGAGGAGGAGCACCAUCAGCAGAUGUCCAUCCUGCAGCUCCAGCUGAUCCAGAUGAAUGAGGUGCACGUGGCCAAAAUCCAGCAGAUAGAACGGGAAUGUGAGAUGGCCGAGGAGGAACACCGGAUCAAGAUGGAGGUCCUCAACAAGAAGAAGAUGUACUGGGAGAGAAAGCUACAGACUUUCACCAAGGAGUGGCCCGUCUCCUCAUUUAACCGACCCUUUCCCAAUUCACCCUGAGACUGGGGGAUGGCUCCCUGUAGUUAACCUGUAUUGGCAAGGCAGUGUGGGAUGUGGCCUGCGUGGUCAGUAGCCCGUGACAGACCUACGGCUAGGUGAAUUAGAGUGGUACUAGUCACUUAUUAAGAACACAUUCAGGUAAACAGCUGCACCCCGUCUACCCCUAAAGUGGCCAAGAAGCUGUUACAGUCUUCUAGAAGUCACCACUACGCGUGCUAUAAUUCUGAAUGUAAUGUUCUUAAUUAGAAUUCAUAGAGGAACCAUGUGCGAGUGUUGUAUUUUUUUUUUAAGACAUGCAAGUGUGGUGAUAUAGGAGUGAGGCUGGUGGUUCUGACCUCAUCUGUCAGUGGGGUUUUGUUUGUUUUCAGCUGACAGUGGCGCUUUUCCACACAGGUGUGAAGCCCACCCAUUGUGUGGCUGUACCUUGGCUGUUUCUCCACCUUUCAGUGUACUCUGAGUGUGGGCGUUUGAAGAGCCCAGCCUUUAGAAGGGUGUUUCCUAAUGUGGGUUACCAACUGCCUUUUUAGACUUUUCCCCACAGAGGCUUUCCAACCAGGGCUCCAGCCGUGGCGGUUUCAGUAGAAGUAGGGAUGUAACAACUGGAGGGCUUAAUGUUCAUUUAGGUAUCUACAUCCUGUUGGUUUUUUAUUAAAAAUGUCUUAAAAUUUUAUAGUUACACUGUGUAUGUUUUUAAAGGUGCUGCUAUCCCAGCCCGGAUCCCUCCCAACUUUUUACUGCUGAGUGAAUGGUUGUCUGGACUUUUUAGUCUCUCACUCCCUUAGGAGAGGCCCCGCCCUCGCUGUGUUCAUGCUGUAUGCUGGUGUUGACCACCGAUCAGGGUUAGGGUGACCAACAUGUUUGGAAACGUGGAUGGAUAAAUGGGUGUUUUGAUGGAGCUGUGAUGUUUCUGCUGUAACCUGAUGCUUUAAAAAAAAUUUUUUUUGUUUUUAAGAGUUGGGACAGUAGUAGCUGGAGGCGGCAGGGGGACCCUUAAGAGCCAGUGUUCUAAGUGUGGCUCUGGCUAACUCCCUAAAACCUCAAGCUGGUGCUUCCUGUCCGCAGAAUGAGGGAGUUGAGGAGACAUUUGGAGCCUGUUUCAGCUCCUUAGCCACGUUGCGGCUUGUGCGACUCUCUGCAUGCACUCUGACUUCAUGGCAGCCCGGAGGGCAUGAGUCUACACAGAGUUGUCUCUAGAAAUGGCCAAGCUUUGGAAUUUUUCGUCCCGGGCCUGUUAGGUUUUGUAUGGUUCACACCGACUCACAGUUUGUGCACUGCAUAUAAUGUAAGCAGAUAUCAAUUUUGUACAUUGAAUCUAUUUUAAAUAUCUUAGAGGAAUUAGUCCGUUAUUUUAGAUAUAUCCUGCAGUGAGAGACUAGAAGUAGGAUCCUUCCAUGAGGAUUUCUGUCGUUCAUUUUUAUCAGAUGAAGCCUUCAGAGAGUGAAUGGUUUGAAAGUCACGUUCGAUGGUACGCAGAAGGUAGGACUCCACUCCCUGUGUCCUGCCUCCGGAUAGACAGGGAUGGACAGCACAAAUCUAGGUGCAGAGGGCUGCCUUUGCUUCACGUACUGAUCUAAACAUCCUCUUAAUAUCACAUCCAGAGUAAGGCAUGAGGUCUGUUCUCACAAGCUCCCAGAUUAGGCCUGAUCUGAUGCUCUGCUCAACACAUCUCUGAAUGACAAGGACUUAAAGGGACCUUAGGAAGUUUUCCAUCUCUUACAUACAUAGAUGUGGUGGUUACGAUUUUCUAAAAAUUCAUGACUUAAACUCACAAACAGCCACAUAGAAUAACAAAAAUUGCAACGCAUUUUAAUUGGACUAUAAAAGCAUUGAACUAAUUCCUGUCUGAACAAAUACAGGAUAAUUAAGCCAGAGCAUAAAACCCCUUGCUGUACUGCUAAUGGUAUUUAUGAGUUUACAAUAGUAGCUUGCGAUAUUUGGCUAUGUGUUAGGAAUAAUAUUUUAUAAAUAAUUAGUCCCACUGGGUCUCACUUCCAGAGGGUUCUGAGUCAGUUGACUUGGGGCGGGGCUGGCUGUUGGGUAUUUUUGGAAGCUUUCUAGGUGAUUAGGAUGCAGAGUUGAGAUUGAGAGCCACUUUGUACGGCUUACGAAUGUAUUUCAGUUGCUUCUUAAUUCCACAAAGCCAUGGAGAAGGAAGGAAUUGAUGUUCGGAGAAGAGCCCACCUGGCACCAGGCCUGUAGCCAGUAAAUAGCAAAGAAGAACUUCGGGCUGGGUCUCUUGGUUCCGAGAUGCACAGCCCCACCUGCUGUCUUUACCCUUUCUUUUGAAGCCGAGCCAAGGAUGCUUGAUUCUGAGGCUCGAAUGACGUUACACAGUUGCUUGCUGAAGCAGCUUCAUUCAUGAACAGACAGCACAUCCCAGUUCAUUUUGCUUUUGAGCUUUUUAUUUCCUGAGGUAGAAAAGCAAUAACCAUUUCUUGACAGGAAUCGUGGGCCAGAUACACAUAAAAAAAUAUUAAGACGUGGUUCUACAUCGUGGGCAUUGCCCGGGAGGGAGGGAAGAAUGGAGGGAGGGAGGGCUGGUUCGCAGCUGGCUGUAGACUCAGCCGGUGCACAUCUUCAAAUGCUCUCUCAGUUGAGGGCAGGGAGCUAAGAAAAUGGAGAGCGGAAUCGUAGAAGCGUGGUAUUUGAGUUGAGUCUGUGGGGCUGACAUUUUGGCAGGUAGGGAAAGCAGAGAACAUCACCAGAUGACACACAAAUGGGAGAGAGAAGAGUGAGCUAGAGGGGAGUUUUCAAAUCUGAUCAGAACCGUGCACCAGGAGGGAAGUUAGAAGCUGGAAUGGAGGGGAGAGGAGACUGCAGUUGGGAUGACAGGAAGGAGGGCUUGGCUUUGGUAGCCGGGAUGACAGGAUCCAGAGGAGGUCGUGGAAAGGAGACCAGGGUCCUGAGCGAGUGGAUGGUGAUUGUUUUUGUUAGAGAGGAGUGGAAGGUGUUCACAGCUAGACUUGUGAGAGAACAAUACUGAUAAUAACCCCGAAAUGAGGGGACGAUACAAAUGUCCUCUAGGAUAUUUGAUGUCCUAGAUGUGCCUAGGCACAGACACUGGUAUUUGCUCCCAAUUCUUUGUCUACCUCAUCUCUGCAGCGACUUCCUCCUUGUCACCUGCUGUUGUUCCUUCUGCCUGUUCACUUGAACUGGCCCUACUCAGUCCUCGGUCACCUGACUAUUUGGUACUUCCUCUGUCUCCAAUCCCUCCAUUGUUAUUAGGGGCACCUCAUUCAGUAUCGUCUAUGUCGGGUUGCACUAAGAUGGCCAGAGGACGUUGCUCUUUGUUGUUUGUUUUUGAUUUUUGUUUUUGUCUUCGUUUUUGGUCCCAAGUUGAAUAACAAAUCCGUGGCUGGAAAAGAUUGGUGACUUCCAUGUUUGCAUAUCACAGCCCUUUAAAAAAAAUCAAAUAUGGAACCCUACCCAAUGGGUCCAUGCUUUAGGAAUGUUUCAAGGGAGAUGCCAGGACAAUCUUUAGAUGCAUUUUCUUUUGUUUCGCUUCAGGGGGCAGAGAUGGCAUGGUAGGAGAAUGCAUUGGAGUUGUCAACAGUCUCUGCCGUGUCAGGUCAAUUACAUCAGCACUUGGUCUAGACCAGAGGAAAGGAAUGAUUGUGCCUCCUGGGAAUGUCACAAGGACCUGAUAAUUAUAUUUGGCAAAGCCAUGAGGAGUGGCUCGUAAUGUCAUUACUAAGAAUUACCCUUUCAGUAGCAUUUCUGGACGCCUGAGCUUUGCACAGGGAUGGUACUUCAUUUCUGUGCCUUCCUUCCUGCUGGGCCUCUUCCCAGGUGGUCCCCCUACUCCCCCUGCCCUUGCUGGCUGGCUGUAUUCUCCCUCCAACCCAAUCCCCACCUCCCAAGCCCACCUUCUGCCCUCACAGUCGCUUUCACUGUCCAGUGGUAGAGGUGAAAGCUACAUGGGAUGCUCUUCCUGCGGAUGCCCAGAGGGCAGCUCCCUCAGCUCCUGCGGCAGCCCCUGGACAGAGCUGAUUUAUUUCCAUGCUGCAGUCGCUACCUUUGUCUACCUUUGUGCUCGUGGGACUCAAAGAGUCGUGGGAAAGGUGACCAGGAACCUGUGACAGCAACCAGUUCUUUCCCGACUGUGCCAUAUAUUAUGCUCUUCCACACAGUUUACUAAUCUCUGCCUCAGUUUCUCCAUCUGUAAGUGAUGUAAUACUUAUCUACCUCCCUUGGAUGUUGUGAAGAUUAGUAUGUGUUGGUAAAGCACUUCUGAAAUAAAGAAUGAUACCAAGCA